UCUUCUUGCGAGAUGGGGGGGGCGCAUUUACGCAGUUAUCGCGAGGCGAGACAAGAGUGGGGUUGUAUCAAGGCCCUGCUAGCAUUAGUCGCGUCACUCGGCGGGCGUCUCCUUUCCUAACCCUGGAAGACAGCGGCGCCCUGUCUCCUAGCGUGUUCGCUAUGGGGAAGGCCAGGACGGCCGGGGCGCGGAGGCCAGCUCCCGGGGCUCCGGCGAAGGCCAAACCCAACCCGUUCGAGGUGAAAGUCAACAGGCAGAAGUUCCAGAUCCUCGGCAGGAAGACGCGCCACGACGUGGGGCUGCCCGGCGUUUCGCGCGCGCGGGCCAUCAGGAAGCGUACCCAGACCUUACUGAAGGAGUACAAAGACAGGGACAAGUCCAAUGUGUUUAAGGAUAAGCGCUUUGGGGAGUACAACAGCAACAUAAGCCCAGAGGAGAAGAUGAUGAAGAGGUUUGCGCUGGAACAGCAGCGACAUCAUGAGAAAAAAAGCAUCUACAACCUAAAUGAAGAUGAAGAGUUGACACAUUACGGCCAGUCUCUGGCGGACAUUGAAAAGCACCAUGACAUCAUGGACAGUGACAGUGACGCAGAAGACCGAGGGACACUGUCUGCGGAGCUGACGGCUGCCCACUUCGGAGGUGGUGCUGUGCUCCAGAAGAAGGCCACUACGCAGGAAGAGGACAAGCCGAAGUCACGGAAGGAGCUGAUUGAAGAGCUCAUUGCAAAGUCCAAGCUAGAAAAGAGGGAGAGGCAGGCACAGCGGGAAGAUGCCCUCGAGCUCACGGAGAAGCUGGACCAGGACUGGAAGGAAAUCCAGACUCUUCUGUCACACAAAACUCCCAAGUCAGAGAACAGAGAAAAGGAGAAAACCAAGCCUGAUGCCUAUGACAUGAUGGUUCGUGAACUCGGCUUCGAGAUGAAGGCACAGCCCUCUAACAGGAUGAAGACGGAAGAGGAACUGGCAAAGGAGGGGCAGGAGCGGCUCAGGGUGCUGGAGGCCGAAAGACUCCGAAGAAUGCUUGGAAAGGAUGAGGAUGAAAAGACAAAGAAGCCCAAACACAUGUCAGCCGAUGAUUUAAAUGAUGGCUUUGUAUUGGACAAAGAUGACAGGCGUUUGCUUUCUUACAAAGAUGGAAAGCUGAGCAUCGGGGAGGAUGCCCAGGAGGGGCAGAGCAGGGCAGACGGCAGCCUGGAGGGGGAGCGGGGCGAAGACAGCGACAGCCCAGACGGCCACUCGGACCUGGACUCCAGCGAGGAGAGUGAGGAGGAGCACGAGAAGAAGCCAGCGGCGGGGCAGUGGCAGUCCCUGGGCGGUCGGGAAGCUCGCAGAGCCGUGGGAGGCGAGCUGCCCUACACCUUCGCAGUGCCUGAGUCCUACGAGGAGCUGAGAUCACUGCUGUUGGGAAGAUCAGCGGAGGAGCAGCUCCUGGUGAUGGAGAGAAUUCAGAAGUGCAACCACCCGAGUCUUGCCGUGGGGAACAAAACAAAGCUGGAGAAGCUGUUCGGCUUCCUUCUGGAACACGUUGGAGAUCUGGCUACAAGUGAUCCACCAGACCUCAAAGUAAUUGAUAAGUUGGUUGUGCAGCUGUAUAAUCUCUGCCAGAUGUUUCCCGAGGCCGCGAGCAGCUCCGUACAGUUCGUUCUCCGAGACGCCAUGCAUGAGAUGGAGGAGGUGCUCGAGACCAGGGGCCGGGCCGUGUUUCCAGGCCUAGAUGUGCUCAUUUACUUGAAAAUUGCCGGGCUGCUGUUUCCAACCUCCGACUUCUGGCACCCUGUUGUGACGCCUGCCCUGGUGUGCAUGAGCCAGAUCCUUACCAAGUGCCCUGUGCUGUCCCUGCGAGACGUGGUGAAAGGCCUGUUCGUGUGCUGCCUCUUCCUGGGCUUCGUGUCUCUGUCUCGGAGGUUCAUACCCGAGCUUGUGAAUUUUCUCCUUGGGAUUCUCUACAUAGCAGCUCCAAACAAGCAAAGCUGUGGUUCUACUCUGGUGCACCCUUUCAGAGCACAUGGGAAGAAUUCUGAAUUGCUCGUGGUGUCUGACAAGGAUGAUGUGGUCACAUGGCAGAGGGGGAGCCUGCCCCUUCACUGGGCAGGUGGGUCACGCACCCCGACCAAGGCUGAGGCCAACCACAUCAGGCUGUCCUGCUUGGCCGUGGGGCUGGCCCUGCUCCAGCGCUGUGUGCUCGUGUAUGGUGCGUUGCCGUCCUUUCAGGCCAUUGUCAGGCCUCUCCGAGCCCUCCUUGCGGUGCACCAGGUGGAGCGCAGCCACCCCCUUGAGCUGCAGGAGCUGUCUCAGAGCAUACUGACAGAUAUAGAAAAUCAGAAGCAGGUGUGCCGGCCGCUGAUCUGUGAGAAGAGCAAGCCCGUCCCCUUGAAGCUGUUCACCCCCCGGCUGGUGAAAGUCCUCGAGUUUGGAAGGAAGCAAGGCAGUACCAAGGAAGAACAGGAGAGGAAGCGGCUGAUUCACAAACACAGGCGGGAGUUUAAAGGUGCUGUCCGGGAGAUCCGGAAGGACAACCAGUUCCUGGCCAGGAUGCAGCUCUCUGAGAUCAUGGAACGGGAUGCGGAAAGAAAACGAAAAGUAAAACAACUUUUUAACAGCCUGGCUACGCAGGAAGGUGAAUGGAAGGCUCUAAAGAGGAAAAAGUUCAAAAAGUAAAUAAAUAAACG